GUGGAGAGAGUGACAGUCAAAUGUCCAGAGGGAUGUACUGAUGUAUAGCUAGAAGAGUGAAGAAGAGAGGAGUGAAAUCUUCAUGUCAGAGACAUGGACAAACUCAUUCAUCUGAUCUUACUCUCUGCAGGUCUUGUUUCCAUUCAGGGUAAUUUAGACACUUCACAGGAGAAUUUAGCAUUUAAUGGAACGGCUACACAGUCAUCCAAUUUUUUGGCCUGUGUAGCUCAAAAGGCCGUAGAUAGCGACAGAUAUGGAGAUACAUACACAUACUGCUCCAUUACAGUAAAGGAAAGUAACCCAUGGUGGAGGCUGGAUCUUCUGGAUGUUUAUGACAUCAGUACAGUGAUCAUCACUGCUAGAUCAGACUGCUGUGUGGAUCAAACCAACGGAGCAGAGAUUCGUAUUGGAAACUCACUGGACAACAAUGGAAACAACAAUCCCAUAUGUGCUGUAAUUCCUAAUCUUCAACUCGGCACAUCGAUUAUUUUCUCAUGUAAUGGAAUGAAGGGACGUUAUGUGAAUGUAUUCAUGCCUACAGUCCAGCAGCUCUCUCUGUGUGAGGUGGAGGUCUAUAGAUCAGAGAAUUUAGCAUUUAAGGGAACGGCUACACAGUCAUCCACACACCACUACUGGGCUGCUGCAAACACUAUAGAUGGUGUCAGAUAUGGACCUGGUUUAGCCACUUCCUGCUCAGUAACAGAAUCUGAAAAUAACCCAUGGUGGAGGUUGGAUCUCUUGGAUGAAUAUGCGAUUAGAACAGUGAUCCUCAGUAACAGAGGAGACACUUCUCCUGAACAAACCAACUUAGCGGAGAUUCGUAUUGGAAACUCACUGGACAACAAUGGAAACAACAAUCCCAGAUGUGCUGUAAUUUCUGGUCUUCCCUUAAAAUCUACAGUCAGUUACUCGUGUAAUGGGAUGGUGGGACGUUAUGUGAAUGUGGUAAUGCCUGCAGUCCAGUGUCUCUCUCUGUGUGAGGUGGAGGUUUAUGAAACAGAUCUCAGAAGAAAAACCUUUCUGAGGCUGAAGUUCUCCUCCAGUGGUGAUGUAGCUGCUGAGAGCGACAAAAUCCUCCAUCAGCUGCAGUCUGCUCUGGCAUCACACAUCUCUGAUUUUAAUCUGUCCUGGACACAACUACCUGAGAAAGAAGAAGAACAAGAGACGGAGGACGGAGGUUCUUGUGUGAAACAUCUUUAAUCUGCAUCUACAAACUGAAUCUUUAAUGCAAAAGCUCCUUGAUUUGAUUUACUCAUUAGUGAUGCUUUGAAAAAGCAUAACUAUUGUUAUUCGAACAUACAUACUUCUUAUAAUAAUUAUUCUUGUUCCGCCAAAAGUUUGGCACGCUACUUGUCCCGCAGCUUUUGACGUAGACCCAUGAAUGAAUACAUCACAUCGACGGGCCUAUUCGGGAAUGGUGUGCUAUGACUUUUAUAAGCGAUAGGGUGGGGGUUGCGAUAGGGGGGCGAAAAAACACCCGAAAAAUCCCAUUGACUUAACAUUGCGCCCAACUUUGAGGGAUCGUAGCUCCGAGCGAGGAUAUCGUAGAAACAUGAAAACAAUACACGAUUUGAAGGGGUUAUCAGGCUCUAUAAGAACAUCACUCACAAUGGGGUGUAAGUUGCACCCCUGGGGUGUGAGAGCCUCCCAAAAUUUCCCAAUCACAGGAAGCAUGCCCAUAUAAGGCGUAAAACGUCCGGUGUUGAAUAUCUUAGCAGUACAACCACUUACAGACAAGGGGGUGGGCUCAUUUGACUCAGACAACCAAUCAGUGUCACAUGAUCAUUAUGAAGAUAUUAAGCCACGCCCAUAGCAACCAUUUACAGCAACCUAGCAACCGAUCCCAUUGACUCCCAUUAUCAAAAGUCCAUAUGAAUAUCUUUGCAGAACAGUGUCGUAGAGAUGAGGGGGUGGGCUCAUUUCACUCAGACAUCCAAUCAGUGUCACAGGAUCAUCUUAAAGCUAUUAAGCCACGCCCAUAGAAACCAUUUACAGCAACCUAGCAACCGAUCCCAUUGACUCCCAUUAUCAAAAGUUCAUAUGGAUAUCUUUGCAGUACAGUGUCGGAGAGAUGAGGGGGUGGGCACGUAUUACUCAGGCAACCAAUCAGUGGCCCAGGAAGUUCAUUAAGCCACGCCCAUAGCAACAAAACAUCUUAACUUAGCAACCGUUUAACAACACCUACAUCUCUUCAUCAGAACAUCAUAGAGAGAUGGGGGUUGGUUUGUUUCACUUGUGGGUUGAAGCAUUAUCAGUUGGCAUAUGCUAAGCCACGCCCACAGCAACCAAACAGGUUAGCCUAGCAACCAUUUAGCAACACCUAUAUCUCUGCAUCAGAACAUCGUAGAGACACGGGGGUUGGGUCGUUUCACUCAUAGCUUAGAGCAUCAUCAAUUAGCACAUACUAAGCCACGCCCAUAGCAACCAAACAGGUUAGCCUAGCAACCGUUUAGCCAAACCUAUAUCUAUGCAUAGGAACAUCGUAGAGACAUGGGAGUUGGUUUGUUUCACUUGUGGCUUGAAGCAUCAUCAGUUGGCAGAUGCCAAGCCACGCCCAUAGCAACCAAACACAUUAGCCUAGCAACCGUUUAGCAAGACCUAUAUCUCUGUAUCUGAACAUCUUAGAGUCAUGGGGGUUGGUUAGAUUCACUAGUACUUAAAGUGUCAUCACCCUAGUGCCGAGUUCCGCGGUUUGCCACGAAAGCAUCACUCACAGUUUCUUUAGAAAAUGUACUAUCUAGUUUCUAUUAUUGUUCUUCUCUAUUAUUGAUCUUGUGGGAAUGACCAGGGGUUCACAUCACUGCUGAAUAUAUUUAAUCUCAUUAUAGUCCUCAUCACUAUACAGCCUCAGAAAAAAAUUAAGAGACCACUCCAAAUUUGUUUAAUCAUAAUUUCUAGAUGUAUUGUGGUCAGUUCAGUGUCUGUUGAAUUUCAACAAAAUCAAACCUCAGGAGUGACAUAAAGUCAUCCAACAGCAAUGUGAAAGACAGCCAGCAUGACAAAACACAUAAAAUCUGUGAUAAAAAUCCAGGUCAUUAAAAAAUACAUACUGUAUAUUUGAACUUUUCCUAAAUACAUGUAGAAAUAUGACUGUUAUAUUGCUUAACAUUAAAUAUGAACUUGCUUUCUUUGUAGUAUUUGAAAUUAUUUGGUCUGAAAAAAUACAGAGCAUCUUUUCUGUUAUUGUCUACUGUUUCUCAGUUUCUGAAAAUAAAUGCAAAUAGAAACACAAUGUUUAUUUCAAGUUUGAGAGAAAUAUUAAUAGUAGUUCACAGAAUUAAAUAAAAAUGAUAAUUUUACCUAAACACAUACAGUACAGUACCUAUAAAUAGUCCAUUUUAAAAGCAGAAAAACGGUCUCUGAAAUGGUCUCUUAAUUUUUUACAUGGCUGUAUUUGUGAAGAUUGUUAGUGUAAUAACCCGAGAUCAAGUGUGUAAAACAACAGUAGUGUGCCAAUGUAUUUAUCAUAGCGUAUGUAUCGUUAAGUUUAUUUCAUAGCAUUCCAUUUUAUUUAUUUAUUUAUAUAAGAUCUCUUUUAAAACUCUGAUUAGAGAUUUAUAUUUCCCCAUAACUGUAUUUACACGUGUUUAUUUUCUAUAUUGCUCAUAUCUGUACUUUGCUUUAAAAUAUUUUUAGACAGAGUAAAUGUUAACAGUCAUUAGGGCUGUCACGAUUAUGAAAUUUGACUGACGAUUAAUUGUCUAAUAAAUCAUUGCGAUUAUGACAAUUAAUUGUCUGUUUUAGGGCAUUGACAUUUAAUUCUCAUACAUUUUUGAUUCAGCGAUUGAAACGACCAUAUUGUUCUGAAUACAAGACUGUGUUUUUUUCUUGGAAAUACAUCGGAAAAAAUUGGGUCAUCAUAUAUUUAAGGUUUAGGCUUUUACCUGUCAAUAAUACAACUGCCAAAUACUUGUAAAUGAAGUAAGUUGAUCAGGUGUGAAUUGAAGCCACCAUUAAAAUACUAU